AUGGAGCUGAAAUGGCUACUCUGUGUGACCCUGCUUGCUCUUGGGACGUUUGCUGUCCAGGCACAUGAUAUGGAUGAUGACAAUGAUGGUGAUGAUGUAGUUGAUAUUGAGGAUGACUUGGACGAUGGCAUCGAGGAGGUAGAAGAGUCAAAACCUGAAACAAGCACUCCUCCUCCAACUCCAAAGGUUACCUACAGGCCCCCAGUCCCAACUGGUGAGGUGUAUUUUGCUGAGUCCUUUGAUAAAGGAACUCUGGAUGGGUGGAUCCUUUCCAGAGCAAAAAAAGAUGAUACGGAUGAUGAGAUUGCAAAAUAUGAUGGUAAAUGGGAAGUCCAAGACAUGAAAGACACUAAGCUUCCAGGAGACAAAGGGCUUGUACUGGUAACCCGAGCCAAGCAUCAUGCAAUUUCAUCCAAACUUUCAAAGCCUUUUGUAUUUGAUACUAAACCCCUUAUUAUACAGUAUGAAGUAAACUUCCAAAAUGGAAUAGAGUGUGGUGGGGCCUAUGUGAAAUUGCUUUCCAAAACUCCUGAACUGAACCUGGAUCAGUUCCAUGACAAAACGCCAUAUACAAUUAUGUUUGGCCCUGACAAAUGUGGAGAGGACUACAAAUUGCACUUCAUCUUCCGGCACAAGAACCCAAAGACUGGCAAAUACGAGGAGAAGCACGCAAAGCGUCCGGAUGCAGACCUGAAGACUUACUUCACUGACAAGAAGACUCAUCUUUAUACUCUGGUCUUGAAUCCUGAUAAUAGUUUUGAAAUACUGGUUGAUCAGAAUGUUGUCAACAGUGGGAAUUUGCUGAAUGAUAUGUCUCCUCCUGUGAAUCCACCCCGAGAGAUUGAGGACCCGAAUGACCAGAAGCCUGAGGACUGGGAUGAGAGACCAAAAAUCCCAGACCCAGAUGCUGUUAAACCAGAUGACUGGGAUGAGGAUGCACCUGCAAAGAUAGCAGAUGAAAAUGCUGUGAAACCAGAGGGCUGGCUGGAUGAUGAGCCAGAAUACGUAGCAGAUCCUGAUGCUGAAAAGCCUGAGGAUUGGGAUGAGGAUAUGGAUGGCGAAUGGGAAGCACCUCAAAUUGCAAAUCCUAAAUGUGAGACAGCCCCUGGCUGUGGUACCUGGCAGAGACCAAUGAUUGACAAUCCAAACUACAAAGGCAAAUGGAAGCCUCCUAUGAUUGAUAAUGUGAACUAUCAGGGUAUAUGGAAACCUAGGAAGAUCCCAAACCCAGAUUUCUUUGAAGACUUGGAACCUUUCAAGAUGACUCCCUUCAGUGCUGUGGGACUUGAGCUAUGGUCAAUGACUUCUGACAUCUUUUUUGACAACUUUAUCAUCUGUACUGAGAGAGCUGUGGCUGAUGAUUGGGCUAGUGAUGGAUGGGGACUGAAAAAGGCAGCUGAUGGUGCUGCAGAGCCUGGUGUUGUGGGCCAGAUGAUGGCAGCUGCUGAAGAACGUCCCUGGCUUUGGGUAGUCUACAUCCUUACUGUGGCUUUGCCAGUGUUCCUUGUUGUCCUCUUCUGCUGUUCUGGGAAGAAACAGCCAAGUGCUGCAGAAUACAAAAAGACUGAUGCUCCUCAGCCUGAUGUGAUGGAUGAGGACAAAGAAGAAGAAAGAGAUAAAGGGGAUAAGGAAGAGGAGGAUGAGGAGGAAGCAAAUGAGGAAAAGCUAGAAGAGAAGCAGAGAAGCGAUGCUGAUAUAGGAAGUGCUAGUCAAGAAGAGGAAGAGGAUGAGGAUGAAGACAGGAAACCUGCAUCAGAGGAGGAGGAAACUGUGAAUAGAUCACCCAGAAACAGAAAGCCAAGGAAAGAUUGAAAAAAAAUCGUAAGAACUUGAUCUGAAUUUUUUUUUUCUUCAAACAUGGUUCUGGGAGAGGACCUUGGACACCUUACAUUGAAACUUGGACAAACCUCAAGAUUUCACCAUCCACAGGUUCCAGUCACACUAGCCAAUGUAAUGGAGUGUCUAGCAGCAAAAUAUUUGCAAUCAUUUGUUUCAAAGAACAUCAUUCCUGUAGAAAGAAUGCAUUUAAUAUAAUGGGCCGUGGAUUUUGGAAUGUAACAUAACUAACCUUUUCAUUUUUGGUUUUAAAUAUUCUUUUCUGUUUUUAAGUAGAUGAGUAGAACUUUUCCAGUCUCAAACCUUGGCUUAAUUUAAUAUAUUAAUUAGUGAAAAAAUAAUCAUGAAUCUCAAAAGUGCUAGGUAAUAAAAAUGCAGUUUUAUAACUAGUUUGUUUUUUUUUUUUUACAAAUCUGUAAAUUCCUAAAUGCACCAAUGGCUUUAUAUCCCUUAAUUUGAUAACUGCCUAAAGCAAAGUUGUCAAUGGUUUUUGACAACACCUCUCUUCUCAGAGGAUGUAUAGGGAAAACAGUAGUGAAACUCUCAAAUGAAUCAAAUUUCUUCUUUUGUUGGGAGGGGAAAGAGGAAGAAGGGGUGGUAAAGGAGCGGGUUAGUCUGUAGAGUAUUCAUCCUGUGUAUGGCUAAAGCCCUGUUCAGUACUGACAAACCAUCUAGGAUUUGGAGUGGGUCACUUAAUGUGGCAUUUCAUCCUGCAGAUCUUGCAGAUAAUGAAUUUUGGUUUUGAAUUUUUUGUAAAGCUAAAGGGGUGUUUGGGAUGGGGGUGGGAGUUACACUACUUCCCCUUUUUCCUUCUGUUCAGCCACUAAUGCUUUCCUUUCUCUGACUGCACAGCUUUUUCAGAGUGCAGAUUUGCCACAGUUGCUAAAGCGCUUCAUGUUCAGCCCAUUGUCAAAUUAUUUUUUAUAGCUAGGCCUACUCCUUUCCAGGGUCCAAACACUGGGUAGGACUGUGUCCCAUAUCCUCUCGCUGUUAUCACUGUAUGUCUACUCCUCUAGAAAUGGUGGAGGUAGUCAGGUAGACAAGUUAAACUGAGUAUUUAAGGAAAAAAAACAAAUGACUAAACAGAAAUAAAACCAACCAACCAAGAUGUCAGUAUUGUAGGCGGGGAAGGAGCAUGUGAAAUAUCUUAACUGGUAUGUGAAACUGUUCAAGUCUUUUAUCUGCUCUUCAUGUAACAAAUGCAUCCUAAAUUAUAUUGUGAAUGUUAGGGAGUUCCAAUUCCAGCUGAAUAAAUUUUUUUUAAAGCGUUGAGUCUACCAUAUUAUACUGUUUCAAACACUUCUUUUGUGGAAUGCAGGUCAUCACUACCAAGAGCAUACCUCUGAGGGUGAAAUCUAUGUAACUUCAUUACACUGUACCAAAUAUGUUGGCGUUUGGAUGUCUAUAUAGGUGAAUUUUUGCCUUUUGUUUAGAGUGAAAUUAAAUGUCCUGAAAUUACUCUUCUUGCACUGAAUUUAAACACUCCAGUGUUGUUUGGUCAUAGCAUAGGUAUAGUGUGGGGAAUAAUUCCCAGGGGUUGGGGAGGGAAGAGUGUUCCAAUUACGUUUGCAAACAAUCUAACCCAUUACUAAAAGACUUG